AGCGCUAAGCGCUAAGCCUUUAACACGUUUGUAAAAAAUCGCGCGACCACCUUAUAUAAAGCUGCGCUCGCGAACUCAAUACCCUUGACAUCAACUCCUCUUGACUUUCAUUUAUCAUGUCCUUUCCGCCUGAUUAUACUGCCCUGCCUGCUGGGCAGGUCAGCAGCAGCGUCAAUGCGCCACCUAUUGAAUACAUGUUCUCUCAGAUCAUGCUCGCAGUACAGAAAUCUCAAACUGAGAUAUCUGACCUCCGUCAGGAGUGCGCUGACUUACGGUUAGCAAAUGCGAGCUUGGAACGUCAAAUCCGAGAAGGGUUUCAGUUGCAAAAUGGGAACGGAUAUUACGCCGGCUCACGUAUGGGCUCUGGUUUUGCAACCCCAGUGCCCAGUAGUCCUCAGCUUCGAGCCAAAUCCCCUUUCCUAUCACCGCAUAGUAUUCCGUCCCUUGCCGCUGCACCCACUGCUCACUUCUCGUCGCCACUGGGUGAUAAUGCGGUUAUGCCUUUCCCACUUGGCGUACGUGACAUCCCCGGGUUCUACGUCGUAAUUCCGGCAGGAGGCGCUGGUACGAGGCUGUGGCCUCUUUCACGUGAAGAACACCCAAAGUUUCUUCUCGACUUGACGCUCAAGGGACGUUCCUUGAUCCAAGCCACCUGGGACCGUCUUCUCCCUCUUUCAUCCCCCCUCCGCACCACUGUGGUUGCAGGUCCUGGCCAUGUCAAGUCCAUCCGAGAGCAACUGCCCGACCUUCUCCCGCACAACUUAAUUUGCGAGCCUGGUCCAAAGGAUUCCAUGGCGGCCAUCGGACUUGCUGCGGCUGUCCUUGCAAAACGAGACCCUGAUGCCGUUAUCGGUUCAUUUGCUGCGGACCACAUGAUAUCAGGCGACGACGCUUUCUUAUCCGCCGUUGCGGAAGCCGUCGAGGUAGCGAAGAAAGAUUAUCUCGUCACUAUCGGCAUCGCGCCAUCUCAUCCUUCUACCGGCUUCGGCUAUAUUCGCCUGGGAAAUAAGCUAGGCAUCAAGGAAGCUCCAAAUGCAAGGCUAGUUUCUAGCUUCAAGGAAAAACCUGAUGCACGCACGGCCGCUGCAUACAUCGGCACUGGAAACUACCGGUGGAAUGCAGGAAUGUUCGUCACAAAGGCGUCUGUCCUCAUGGACCUUCUUAAGGACUACAAGCCGGACCUCCACGACGGGCUUCAAAAAAUUGCUGCCGUAUGGCAUGACGAGGCGUUGCGCCAGGCCGCUCUUAACGAAAUCUGGCCCGAACUCGAGAAGAUUCCGAUCGAUAACGCAGUCGCGGAACCUGCUGCUGCUGAGGGUAAAGUUGCCGUAGUACCAGCGACAUUUGGUUGGGAUGACGUCGGGGACUUCUCUUCGCUCGCGGACCUACUACCCGCUGAGUCUAACCAACCUCGUGUCCUCGGGGACAGCUGUUUGGUGCUGACGGAACAAGUUGCUGGGGGAAUUGUGGUUCCCGGCUCAGGACGUCUCAUCACGUGUCUCGGUGUCGAUGAUCUGGUUAUCGUCGACAUGCCUGAUACCCUUCUCGUCACCACGCGUGCACGAUCGCAGGAGGUGAAGCGCCUUGUGAAAAAGGCUCGUGAUGCGGGUUGGAAACAACUCCUUUAAAGAAUCGAUAUCUUGGAUUUGGGGAGUCAGAAACAACGGACAUAUAGCACAUUGGAUGCUCGUGGAAACGGGACUUGACCGAUUUUGAUCUCCGCUGCAAACUUUCUCUGAAACUGUCUGUGCUAAUAUCAUACCUUUUCAAGGGUCUUUAAUAUCUUGUCUUUCUAUGUACGGUCACAUGUGGUGUUCAUCAAUGGGUACCUAUUCAUUUAGCGGUAUGGACUGACACGAUCUUACACGUCAUGAUGUUUCGGCUGUGUUUGUCAUGGCUUCUGCCCUUGCUCUUGCAACGCGACAGCCUCCACGUCACAGCUAUUACAACCAAUGAACGAGUAGAUCGCCGUCGUUUUGUGUAGUACUUUCUCUAUUAACGUAACAAUUCAACGAUUAAUAUCAACAUUUACCUGGCCGAUCAAGA